AAGUGUGUCAAAUUACAGUUCAUGUUAUAUUAGUGGAUAAUUUAUAUUCGUCGAGUGUAUUCACAUCGAUCCUUCUGUUCGUGCUGGUGUUGAUAAUAAUUGCAGGUACUGCAGAUAGGUUGUUGUGAUGGAACGUUCUAGAAAACUGUUAUUGGCUUGUACUGUCAUAUGUGCGCACAUAUUGUGUGCUUGCAACGAGCAACCACAUUUUGAAAGACUUAGACGGAAAGACAUCCACUGCAAUUUAACUGAAGAGAACAAUAAUCACAAUAAUGCUUCAGAUCCUGCAGUACCUCCAGUAUGCAAAAGUGGGUGCAAAGUUGGAUAUGCAGGAUCGUACUGCAGCUUAAAAUGUUCAUUAAAGUGCAUAAAGUGCGAUAGAGACACAAAGAAUUGCUCAGGACACUGUCAAGAUGGAUAUUAUGGAGACUACUGUACAAAACCUUGUUAUCACUGUGACAAGUGCAAUGCAACAGGUACCUGUAUAAAUAACACCGAACUGAAUAACAAAAACAGUAAGAGAAAUCUGACGACACAGCGAAAGGAUUUCAAUGACACUCGAACAGCUUCCAGUGCCAACUCGGUGAAUCUUAAGGCUAUUAUAAUUCCUAUUGUAGUCAUCGUCAUCGUCAUCGUCAUUGUCAUCGUCCUUUGGCGCAAAAAGAAGUUUUGUUUUUCCCAGCGUCAGCAAUCUGGACUUCAUGAAGACGAACAAACAAGGAUGAAUGAUAUGAGUGAAAAUCAAGACGAACGUCCAAAAGAAUCCACUACGUGUAAUAACAACGAAACACAAACUAGCUAACUUAUCAAAUUACGGCAUGGACAAGUUUUGUGAAUUUCAAAUAGUUCUAUUUAGAUGACUGACAUUACUGCUAUUUAGUUAGAAUGAUAUUCUGUAGUUUUCUGAUAUUAAUUAAUAGCCUAUUUAAACGUGUAUAUCUGAUAAACCAUAUCACAACCACGUGGCACAAAGAGCAAAGAGAUUAGUUGACCGUAUUGACCGCAAGUUAAUACGGUAGCUGCGUGUCCAGGUCAACAUACCGGGAUUUGAGCUGUGAUCAUCAACAAUGAACUAGGAUAUAUCAUCAUAAUUAUAAAUGGUCAGGCAAGACCUUUCACAUCAGCUGCAGGGUGCUUUAAUGAACAAAUUGUGUCUGUAAAUCAAAUCCUGUGGGGAAUUGGCUUUUAGUCAGCGCUUAUCUUACUGGGGACUUUUGUUUUAGUAAAUUUUCGAAAGUAUGAUAAAUACAGUUAAUAAAUAAUUGGAAAGAUUUAUGCCACAAGCAUUCUGGUUAGGUAGUAGCUUUAGUUCUCUGUAAAGACUUCUUCGGCGAAGAGGCGACCAUCGUGAUCAUUCGGAAAACAUCGGCUGCUUAAGGAUUCUUCAGUAUUCCACUUCGGAAAUUAUGAAGUAAAGCAGCAUGACGUGGACACUUACAUUUAGACGCAUUACAUAUAGCGCCCAAAUAAAUCAGUAUUCUCUAAACCGCGACAGAUUGGUAUCAUGCGCUCUGGUGCACAUGUACGGAUAGGGGUACUGGUUCCUCUAAAAUAGUCAAAAGACAAUUACUAGUAUAACACUGCACAUUCAGCUUGUUAUUAACCUACUAAUCAAUCUUAUUACAAAGAUUUUAUUUGUUUAAAGUGUGGGUCUGCUUCUCCAACAAUUUGUUUUAAAUGAAUUAAUGAAUGUUUAACGACACCCCAACACGAAAAAUACAUCGGGUUGGG